AUGGUAGAGAACGGCGGGCUGCCGCAGGCGGCCGCGCCCCCGCCCCACCGCCGCCGCUUCAAGCUUGACAGCCCCGCCAGCGAUGUCGCCUGGCCGCGCGCUGCGGCGCUCACAGCGGCAGGGAUGGUGCUGGCUCUCAUGCUGGCGGUGACGGUGCCGGGCACCAGGCUGUCUGGCGUGGUGGGCACAGCCACCAAGUACCUCACCACCACCUCGCUGCCAUUGGUUUCGCCAACCUCUACCCCAAUUCAGCUGGCUGAGCCCAGCAACAACAGCAGCAGUGCUGAGCAUGACGGCAGUGGGAUCAGCGGCAGUGAAAGCAUCGAAGAGGCAGAUGGUAGCAAGACCAGCAGCAGCAACGAUAGCGGCGGCAGCGGCGCUCAGCCAGAGAGUGAGGGAGGCAGCGGCAAUGCUCUGCCAGAGAGCGAGGAAACCAGCGGCGACGUUGGCGGCGGGAGCGGGGCUGGCCCAGAGAGCGAAGGAGGCAGUGGCGAUGCUGACCCAGAGGCUGAGGAAAGCAGCAGCGAUGCUGAGCCAGAGGCUGAGGAAAGCAGCGGUGGAGUCAAACCAGAGGCUGAGGGAAGCGGCGGCGACAACGGCGGCGGCAGCAGCGCUGAGCCAGGGAGUGAAGGAAGCAGCAGCGAUGCUGAGCCAGAGGGCGAGGAAAGCAGCAGCGGGGCCGAGCCAGAGGCUGAGGGAAGCAGCAGCAGCGAGGGACACGACAGUGGCGCAGAGGCAGAAGGCGAGCAAGGCAGCGACGGCAGCGCUGAUGCUGGCACCAGUGACGCUGCGGCAGAAGAUGGCGGCGGCGAUGAAGAGGCACACGGCAGCAGCGGCGACGGCGGGGAGGAUGAGCCCGACCUGCCCUGCCGGGAGAGCGGCUACUGCAGCGUGGGCAGGCUGCAGGCAUAUGUGGGCGAGGUUGACAGCACAGAGGGCCUCAAGGCGGCGCUGGAGGCCUGCAGCUACAAGAAGGACUUCUUCUUGCUCACCAUCGGCUCGGGAGGCCACCUGCUGGGCAUGAACUUUGUGGUGGGCGCCUGGAAGCUGGGCCUGGCCAACGUGAUGCUGCACGCGACCAGCAACGAGUCCUGCGCCAAGCUGGCAGCUGCCGGAUACCACAACGUCACAUGCGUCUGGUCAGACCGGGAGUGGUUCCCUAAUCGGGAUGGCAAGUUCAACGUGGGUGAGUCGACUGGCAUCUGGGCUGUGCGCUACAUCUUGAUGGCUCGAGCCGUCUGGCUCGGCUACAACGUGUGGCUGCUAGACACAGAUUCCUACCUUUACCGGGACCCUUACAAAUAUCUCAAGGUGCCCCCUCUCAGCAACGUCACCUUCAUGUCGAUGGCGGACAAUGGCAACAUCAUCAAUGGCGGCACCUCCUACAUCCAAAACGCCGCCCCGGGCGGCCCCGCCGCCUGGACGAUCGCCCACAUGUGCGAGCGCAUGAUCCGGUUUGUGCUGUCAGACAUCAUCGCGGGCAACCGGCUGCGCCACCCCUACGUGCGCUUCACGCUGUGGAAUGCUCCCGACCUGGCGCCCGACCUGGAUGAGCGGCUGCACUACCACGACCCGGGCCUGCACCUGCGCUACCCGCCAGACUGGGCCGACCUCACACAAACCACUGAGGCCGCCCACGAGGGGGGUUUCAACCUCACCAUCUCGCACCUGAAUGGGAAGUGGGACAAGACGAUUGGGGGCAAGCGCUUCCCGCCCCGCGGCAACCACUCGCUGGCAUUCAUCAUGUUACUAGAGGAGGAGAGCGGGCUCAAGUAUGCCGACAUAGAGGGCCCCACCCCCAAAAACUGGGUGCCUCCGCCAAAUGAGACCUUCAUGUUCACCCCGCAGUGGCUCAUCUCGGUCUGGCUGGACCGAGGCGUGCGAGGCACGUGGGACCUGCAGCCCCCACCGCAAGUGAUGCUGCACAUGGUCUUCAUGCCCGGCUGGGUGGCGGGACACCUGCAGAAGGAGUAUGGCAUGAAGUCCAUCAAUGCCUUCAACUUUGAGGUGGCGCAGGCUUUGCAGGGCCAGCUCUUCCCCUCGGCCACAGCCGAGCAGCCACUGCCGCGCGUGCUGGCUCUGCUGCCCAGAGACAAGUUGACCAGCACGACCAUCAUUGAAUACAGGGACAAGCUGGUGCAGCUGGUGCGGCUGGCGAUCCGCGUGGGCCGCGUGAUGCUGCUGCCAGACCCAGUCUGCAACUCGACCUGGCUGCGCAGCGGUGAUGGGGUGGAGGAUGUGCAGGGCCACCGGCGCAAUGAGUACGACUUAGAGCAGGUGCUGCCCUAUGGGCUGGACGACGACCAGCACUGCGUCUGGCUGUCUGCUGAGGACCAGGGCUGCAUGCCAAGCGCCUACAUCCUGCACCCAGACUAUCUGGAGCUGGUGCGGCGGCUGCCAGACGGCACGGGCGAGCCUGGGCCCGACAACACGGUGCAGCUUGGGGACAACCAGCAGCAGGGGCAGGGCCAGGGGCAGGCCAGCAGCUGGGAGGCGGUGGCGGCGGCAGCCAAGCAGAAGGAGGAGCCUCACAUCCUCUUCCUCGGCGCCAUCCCCGACCUCACGCCCGGCUCGAUGCCACCAGAGGAGGGGGAGGAGGACACGUGGUGGACCGGGUGGCUGCUGCGGCACCGCCGCAACACCACCGCCGACUGGCGAGGCUGGGGAGAGGGAGCCAAGCGCUGA